AUGGGAUUGAUGGUCCUCUUCAUUGUAUCCUAUGCUGUCAUCCUUGUUGGAAAUGGGCUCAUUAUCGUGGUGGUCAUAAAUGACUCCCGGUUGCACAGCCCUAUGUACUUUUUCCUCUGUAAUUUGUCCAUCAUUGACCUUUGCUUCUCAUCAACUGGCAUCCCACAGUCCAUAGUCAACUGUUUAGUGGAUAGACCUGUUAUGUCGCUUCCGCUGUGUUAUUCUCAAAUUCUUCUGGGUCUCCUUUUUGGAACGUGUGAGUGUUUGCUGCUGGCUGUCAUGGCUUAUGAUCGCUUUGUGGCCAUUUCCAAUCCACUGCGCUAUACGCUCAUCAUGAACAGGAAUAUUUGCAUCACCUUUGCUGCUAUGACAUGGACGACUGCCUUCAUGGUUACAAUAGUCCCCUGCCUUGCGAAGCCAGCACGAUUCUGUGGGAACAAUGAGGUGGACCAUUUAGUAUGUGAAUUCAAAGCUGUCUUUAAGUUACUCUGCACUGAUACCUCUGCUGAUACAUUGGGCAUGUUUUUUACAAGUACUUUCACACUUGUUUUCCCUCUGAUUUUCAUUGUUUUUUCUUAUAUACGCAUUCUUGUUGCCAUCAUGAGAAUGCACUCAGAUUCCGAAGGGGGUAGGAUGAAGGCUUUUUCUACAUGUGGGUCUCAUUUGGCUGUGGUGGUUAUGUAUUAUGGCUCAUGUAUGGCCUCCUACCUCACCCCUCAGAGUAAAGAAUCCUAUUUAGGUGACAAGAUAAUUUUUGUAUUUUAUGCAAUAGCCACCCCCAUGUUUAAUCCUCUGAUUUAUACACUCAGGAAUCAGGAAGUAAUGGGGUCAUUGAAGAGACUAGUGAGUGGAAAAAAAUAA